AAGAGUCAGAAUGCAAGUAAACGCAAGAUCUUUUUCGGCUGCGGUAAAAUUCCUAAUCGAUUCUCUGCCGAAAGCGAGGGCGAGCGGAUCGACGAACGCUCGUCGAUGAUCUUCACGGCGUACGCCCACCAAUCAUCUCCCCUGAUAAGUUUCUCUUUUGUUUCUCUCUCUCGCAGUCGCACGAGCGCACGCAAUCGCUGCACGCCGCCCGCACCUCACCAUCUGAUUCUUACGCGGUCCUCUUGGGAGUAAUACUCAGCGACUCCGACGGAAACGGUUCCCGUGGAGCUGGUGUUGGUGCCGCAGUGAAGCGAUGGAGAUCGAUAGGGCCAUCAGGGAAAGCACCGAUCGGCGGCUGCAGACAAAGUACCAGAACGCCGUCUACGUGAUUCAGAGGGCUUUUGCGCUCUACGAAUUUGAGCAGGUCGCCUUUAGUUUUAAUGGGGGAAAGGACUCAACGGUAUUGCUUCAUUUGCUGCGAGCUGGCUAUUAUUUGCAUCAAGGAAAAUCAGAAUGUUCAAAUCACCAUCUUUCAGAUGAUGCACACAAGUGUCCAAUUCGGACCAUAUAUUUUGAGAGUCCAUGUGCUUUCCCUGAGAUUAAUUCCUUUACUUAUGAAACUGCUGCUGAUUACAACUUGCAACUGGAAAGUAUCCACUCAGAUUUCAAGUCUGGCCUAGAGGCUCUUUUGAAGGAAAAACCUACUAAAGCUAUUUUUCUUGGAACCAGGAUUGGCGAUCCUAAUGCAGUUGGACAGGAGCAAUUUUCCCCUAGUUCAAUUGGAUGGCCUCCUUUCAUGAGGGUGAACCCUAUCUUGGACUGGUCAUACAGGGAUGUUUGGGCUUUCCUUUUAACUUCCAAGGUUAAGUACUGCAGUCUCUAUGAUCAAGGAUAUACAUCAAUUGGGAGCAUAUACGACACAGUUCCAAAUGCAUUGUUAAGCAUUGCUGAUUCAUCAAGCACGAAAAAUAAUUUUAAACCUGCAUAUAUGCUCUCUGAUGGAAGGUUAGAAAGAGCUGGAAGAAACAAGAAGUUAGCUCUUAAAUGUGAUAAUGCUUCUCUAAACAAUGGUGUGAUUGGCAUUUCUCUGAAUGGUUCCUUCAAGGCAUCAAUUAUCAUCGUAGGUGAUGAGAUUCUAUUUGGCACUACAGAGGACAAGCUGAGUGGGGCACUGUGCAAAAAGUUAAAUGCUAUUGGAUGGCAAACAACUCGUAUAGCAGUUGUUCAGAAUGAAAUUGAUUCUGUGGCUGAAGAAGUGGAACAGAGGAAGUCUACAAAUGACAUGGUCUUCCUGUUUGGAGGGUUUGGCCCUAUGAGUUCUGAUGUUUCACUAGCAGGUGUAGCAAAAGCUUUUGGAGUUCGGCUGGCUCCUGAUGAAGAGUUUGAGGAGUACCUCAGGCAUCUUAUAGGACAGCACUGCAUUGGGGACAGGAAUGAGAUGGCUUUAUUGCCUGAAGGUAUAACAGAAUUAUUGCAUCACAAAAACCUUCCUCUUCCAUUGAUCAAAUGUCACAACGUUAUUAUUCUUUCUGCAACAAAUAUAUGUGAAUUGGAAACUCAAUGGGAUUGUCUUUUCGAAUUACCUAAUGUGCCAUUAGUGCAACUGGCACCAUUCACAUUGAAGCAUCUUAGCACCACACUUUCUGAUGUUGAAAUUGCUCAGACCAUGUCGCAGCUGUGCCUUGAAUUCUCAGAUAUUUACAUAGGAUGCCAUCGCAUGUCCCGUGUCACACCUUCCAUAAUAAAUUUCAUCGGGAAGGACAAGUCUAGACUUGAAUUGGCUGUCAAGAAACUGUCCAGUAGUUUCCCACCUGGAGCUUUCUUUGAACACAAGUGUGACUGAUAUACUUGGUUAAAGUUUAACUUCCAGAGGUCAUGACCACCCAAAGUUGGUGUUAGAAGCUGAUCUUGAUUAAAUAUCGAUAUCAGUUUCUUCUAAAGGCUUCCUCUGCCCAACUACCUUUUCCCAUUUGAAGAAGCAAUCGCUGCAGUUUCUUUGGCAGAAAGUACCAGUUAAGCUGCACAUCCUAAAAACUUUGGAAGCUCACUGAUUAAACCACCAAAGUUCAAGCUAAAUCGCCCAUAUGUAUACAAGAUUAUUAGCUCGUAUGUAUACACGAUUAAGAGCAUCAUGAAGAAAUUGUCAUAAGUUAACUCAAAUGACUUUUGGAUCAGGUUGCAAUGUCGUCUCUUGCUUAUCUGUUAAUUCUUUGUACAGCCAAAAGACAUGAUUCUUCUGCUGUGGCAGAGUGUUCAACCAUUUCAUCAAAAUGUGUAUCAUCUACUCUUUUUUGGGUUUUGGGAA